AAAAGAGGCGCACCACUACAAGCGGGUUGGGAGGAGUUUCCAGAACCGAACGACCUCAUUGGAGCAAGCUGCAGGUUGCAGCGCGGUCCGCAGUGUGCAGUGAAGUAACCUCUCAUGAGAAAAAAAACCACAGUGAAUGGAUGAGACAAAGCCAGCCGAGAAGAUCGUUAGUAAAUGCACACAAUGUCAAACACGUACAGAGAUUUGGGCGUAGUGGUCCAGCAAGAUGAGGAGGACUUUGUGGACAUAUUGGAGGAGAGGAGGCUCUCCAGUGACCUUGGCUUUGCCUUCAGGACGUUCAGUCCUCCAUUGUACAAAGGAGUCCCGCCCUGCACUAGUGUCGAACUUCACCGGGCGGUGCUGGAGUCCCAGUAUCUGCGCUACGUGACCAAAGAGGUUUCCAUGGAGACGGGGUCAUCCGAGCAGGAAGUGAGAGAAAAAGUUUGUGAGAUUCUGGAGGAAAUGUCUCAAAAUCUGCAGCUGCGGUUUAUCAGGCUGAUGGCCUACACAUUUACAAAAGUGUUCAAGAAGCUCUUCAGUGCCAUCUUUGUCAACAUGGAAGGACUCAGCACGCUCCAACAAGCCACUCAGGAGAAUCUGGUGAUCCUGAUGCCCAAUCACAGGAGUUACAUCGACUUCUUGAUCAUCUCCUACAUCUUGUUCAGUUACGACAUCCCUGUGCCCGUCAUCGCUGCAGGAAUUCCUCUUGCAGGGAUGAAGAUCGUCGGGGAGAUACUGCGUCGCUCUGGAGCGUUCUUCAUCCGACGCGCCAUCGGCUCUGACAAACUCUACUGGGCCGUGCUGUCAGAAUACGUCCGAACUAUUGUCAGAAAAGGAUUCGCUCCUCUGGAGUUUUAUGUAGAGGGAUUCAGGAGUCGGACCUUGAAGUCUGUCCCACCAAAGUUAGGUAUGAUGCACAUGGUGCUGGAGCCCUUCUUUAAAGGAGAGGUGUAUGACAUUACACUGUUACCCAUCAGUAUCAGCUAUGACCGAGUGCUGGAGGAGUCGCUGCUCGCGCACGAGUUACUGGGCGUCCCCAAACCCAGAGAAAGCACCACGGGUUUGCUGAAGGCCAGCAGAGUUCUGCAGAAGCGUUACGGCAGCAUGCAUGUGAACUUUGGUCGUCCCUUGUCUGUCCGACAGCUGUGUGAGGGCAAGAUAAAUCGCUGCCAGUACAACCUCAUACCCAGAGAUCUUCCUCAGAAGCCCAGUACAGAGACUCAGGCUUGCGUGAGCUGGCUGGCUCAUCUGAUGGUCCGGAUCCAGGAGGAGGGCACUCUGAUCAGCCCCUGGUCCCUUAUGUCCUGCCUGUUGGUCCAGGUUCCCCCCUCAGUUUUAACAGAGGAGGGUCUGCUGUGGCUCCAGCUCACAGAAAGAACCCUCUGGCUCAGGAAGCUGGCGCUGGACUUUGGAGCUCAAAUAAACUGGCCUGAGCACGUUCCUGAUACGGAUGUGAUGUCCUCCUCUGUGGCGCUCCAUCGCUCUGUUGCUCAGCGUAAAGCGGGGCGUGUCUACCUGGUUCGGGAGGAGGAGCCUGAGCGGAAACACCCCGUCAAUCCAGAGGAGGGCGUGACGAGGACGGCAGCCGCCGCUCUGAUGCUGGCUUCAUACCGGAAUCAGUCUCUGCAUGUGUUCACCCGUCCAGCCAUGCUCGCUACGGCUAUGAGCGUCACAAAAAGCACUCAGAGAGACGAGCUCCUCGCGCACUUCUGCUUCUUACUCGAUGUUUUUUCAAACGAGUUCGUUUUCAUCCCUGGCAGAUCAUCACAGGAUUUUGAGGAGGCGUGCUGUGUUCUGAAGAAAUGUGGAGCAGUCCACACGAGUCACCAUGAGGUGAUGGCUUCAGAACCAGGGCUGGAGGUGUUGUCGUUCCUGCAGGAGCUGCUGAAACCCUUCAUAGACUCCUAUCAGCUGAUGUUCAGGUAUCUCUGUGAAGAGGCAGAUCACGUUUUCACAGAGAAACAGUUCCUCCAAGGUGUUCGAACCCGAGCUACAAGUCUCAUCCUGUCGGGUGAACUUCAUACCUAUGAGGUCCUUUCAUCAAACAUUCAGAAAAACGUUUUGUCGGCUCUUCAAAGACUGGGGGCCGUGACGAAGAUGAAGGCAUCUGAGAACAGCGAACACAAAGUGAACAAGGCAGCUGUGAGAAGAGCCGGAGACGUGCUCUGUGGAAAAAUUCCUCCGCAGCUCCUUCAGGCCACACCUGAAGCCAGGCUGUAGUCUGAGCUGAAGCGGAUCCGUUGUGGUGUCACCUCACGGUUCUGUUUCUGACUCGUUCCACCGUUCUGUUCUUUCAACCUUCAGUCAGUUUCUGCUACGGCAAAAAAAAAGAAACAAAACUUUGACACAAAAGUGUCGGUUUUAAAAUCUGAGUUUUCUCUUUAACAACAGGAGUAUAAAAAAUCAAAACAAGAAAACAGAAAAAAAUAAAUCUGUCAAUAAGAAAAUAAAAGUAGAAACAACAAGAAAUAAUAAUUAAAAAAAAUUGCCUGGAAAAGGAGGUAUGAAGAACAAUUAUAGCAAAAAUGAAGAAAUAAAUAAAAAUGUGGUUUAAAUGUGGAAAUGACAAUUUAACAGCAGAUAAAUGUUCAAAUAACAAAAAUUAAUGAAAAAAAAAAGCAGAAAAAAAUAAAAGUCCCCAACCCAACCCUGGAAUAAAUA